UGCAAGUGUAUAUUUAAGGGUACUACUGUAUGUCUGUUUGGUCGUAAUGGACACUCGGGAAGGAAGCAUCCUUUUUUUGUGUGUUAUAACACCUUCGUUCUUCCCGUGGCGAGUGCGUAAAGUUGGGUGGGCACCCACAGGGCGUGCCACCCCCUAGUGUGUGUGCAUGUACAUGCUCAUGCGUGCAUCUUUGUGUGUGUGUGUGGAGUGAUUUGUGGUUUGCCCCUCGCUCGAAAACAAAAGUAUCUCACUUGGUCCAGACGAGGUGCGGGGGGGAAGGAGGGGACACUCGAACAACAGACAAUCGGUUUUGCUCGCUUGUCAUAAGGAGGCACGUCAAAGAAGACGCGCUGGAUUCUGAAGAUGGAGAAUUAUUAUUUUUCAUUUUUUUUAACCUUUCUGAAUCGGUUAAAUUUUUUUUGUUGUCUGCGGUUAUAAUGAAAUAUUUAAUUUAAUUUAAUUCAUAUUUUGGGAAAAGAUGAAAUUCCCAACAGAAAACCAGAGGAAACAAGUUAACUGGGACCCCGAACAAGUGGCGGUCCAGACUAACUUGGUCCCACCCAAGAAGGCUCAGCCCGGCAUGGUCAAGUCCAGCCUGGUCCAGGCCAGCGUGGCCACUAUGCAAAACCCGAUGGGCUGCGAUCCCAAAGCCAACGGUCACUGCGCCCUGCCCCGCCUGUCCAUCUCGUCACGCUCGGCCAGCGUGGUCGCCAGCAUGGACGCCAGCUGCGACGGCUCGCUGGCAGCCCUGCACUCGGUCAUGAAAUGGAAGACGGUGGUGCCCGUGUUCUUCAUGGUGGUCCUGUACCUGGUGUGCGGGGGUCUGGUGUUCAGGGCUCUGGAGCAACCGUUCGAGAGCGACCAGAAGACCAGCAUCACUCUGGAAAAGGCGUCGUUCCUCGAAAGACACCCUUGCGUUACCCCCGACGAGCUGGAGGCUCUCAUCAAGCACUCCAUCGACGCCGUGAGUGCCGGGGUGAGUCCCAUCGGAGACACCUCCUACAACUCCAGUUAUUGGGACCUGGGCAGCGCUUUCUUCUUCGCUGGAACAGUCAUCACCACCAUCGGUUACGGAAACAUCGCUCCCAGCACGGAGGGUGGCAAGAUCUUCUGCAUCCUUUAUGCUAUUUUCGGCAUCCCUCUUUUUGGGUUCUUGUUGGCCGGGAUUGGAGAUCAGUUGGGCACCAUCUUUGUGAAAAGUAUCUUGAGAGUGGAGAAGAUCUUCAGGCAAAAACACAAACAGAUCAGCCCGACAAAGAUCCGGGUCACGUCCACCAUCCUCUUUAUCUUCGCCGGGUGCAUCGUCUUUGUCACUGUUCCAGCUGUCAUCUUUAAACACAUCGAGGGCUGGACCACGCUGGAAGCAAUCUACUUUGUUGUCAUCACUCUCACCACAGUGGGGAUUGGCGACUACGUGGCGGGCGGAAACCGCAGGAUUGACUACAUGAAGUGGUACAAGCCUCUGGUGUGGUUCUGGAUCUUGGUGGGUUUGGCCUACUUUGCGGCUGUCCUCAGCAUGAUCGGAGACUGGCUUCGAGUGCUAUCCAAGAAGACCAAAGAAGAGGUUGGAGAGUUCAAAGCUCAUGCAGCUGAAUGGAAGGCGAAUGUACGAGCUGAGUUCCGGGAGACACGACGGCGCCUGAGCGUCGAGAUCCAUGACAAGCUCCAGAGGGCUGCCACCAUCCGGAGCAUGGAGCGCCGGCAGCUGGGUCUGGAGCAGCGGGCCCACUCUUUGGACAUGUUGUCGCCUGAGAAGAGGGCUGUUUUUGCCAGCUUAGAUGCUGGCCGCUUCAAGACCUCGUCCCAGGAAAGCAUCGACACUAAACUGAACAACCUGCGGCUGAAGGGCGCCUGUGAGUCCUACGAGCACCGUGGCGGUGCGCAGAUGGCGCAAACAGCAUCCUCAUCAGAAGAAAACCUCUUCAACAUCCGCUUCGGCUCACUCACUAAGCUGGCCAGGCGCAGUAAAAACCGCGACAUCCGGAGGAACAUCUCCGGGGACACUCGACGGGCCAGUGUCGGCGUUAGUAACGGGAACACCCCGGUUGAUGAAGAGCGGGGAGAGGCAGGCGAAGAAGAUGGUGAGCUGGAGGAGGAAAACCGGGAAAUGAAAGAGAGGAACACCAGUUUGACAAACCUGUCACAGUACUCUAUGGAGCGCGCCAAGUUGAAUGGGUGCAUACCAGAACUGUCUACACACCAGAACCAUUAGGUUUUCUCUCAAGAAACGCAAAAGACGAAGAGGUAGACUCUGUCCGUAGGAGCCUACUCAUACCCCUUGAGGUACAGUUUGAAAGAAUUGUACCCCCAUUGGGAUGAUUUUUGGACUUAAAGGAGGGCUCCUACCUGAACAGAUGCAAAAACAGAACCGUCCAAAAUCAGAGUGGUGAGCUGUUUGCUGGAGAACCUCUUCAGACAGAGGCAUACAAACUAUCAUUUUAACUCCACCUUUCACUCUGAGGUACAAUUUCAAAGAAUAGUAUCCUGCUGGAGAAAUUUCUGGACUCUGAGGAGCACUCCCAGGCCAACAGGCACAUACAGAAACCAUCCAAAACCAAAACGAUUACCUGUUCUGUAAAGAAGCUUAUCAGACGGAGGGACAUAGAUCGGCUGAAUGAACCCACUCCUGCCCCUUGAGGUACAUUUAAAAAUAUUUUCCCCACUGGUCUGGACUCCAAGGAGAGCUCCAAGGUCAACGUUUACAGUACCGAACUGUCAAUAAACUGAUCAAUUAGCUGCUUUCUGGAGAAACUCAUUAGACAGAGAGGUAAAACCUUUCAUAAGGAGUCCAUUCCUGCCCCUCAAAAUAUAAAAGAAAGAAUUGUACCCAUUUACCUGGGCCAAAACCUACACAAGUUCCCAAAGUUGAGUAAGAGUCACAGGUACAAAAAAAAAUAUUUUGAGUG